AUGACUGGAGAAGCGCCCGAUAAAGGUUGCGUCGCAUGCGGAUGGACACUCGACAAACAAAAGCAGUGUUGCUAUUCCAGCCAUGUCAAGCUCAUAUAUGGUGCACACAAUCGCGGUGUAUGGGCAAUCGGCUCUGAGUUGAUUUUGAAAGAACGCCCCGAUGAUGGACGAAAGAAUGAUGUCAAAACAUUGAAUUAUCUUUCAACUAUCACGGAUAUCCCAACCCCGAAGGUCGUGCGCGACUGGUCUGACAAGAAUGGGCGAUACUUCGUUCUCCAAGAACAAAUAUAUGGCCAGACACUUGAGGAAGCUUGGCCAUCAUUGUCAGCACCUCAGAGAAUAGCCAUAGCAGAUCAAGUUGCAGAUAUUCGCAAGAGGCUCUGUAAGGUCACCUCAACAUCUAUACAGACUGUUGACGGAGGCCAGUGCUAUCCAGGAUUACUCUUUUUUAACCUCGAACCUCGCGGACCAUUUCACUCCGAUUCCGAACUUUGGGAUGCUAUAAGGCUCGCCCUUCGCAAUCGACCCAAAGAGCCCAUUCCCGAACAAGCCCUGGAGAACUUGAAGAGGCGUCUUCCCAAAUGCCAGCCCUAUGUACUCACUCAUUGUGACCUCAACCUGGGCAACAUAAUGGUUAAAGAUGGAAACGUUGUUGCCAUACUUGACUGGGAAUAUGCUGCUUAUUAUCCUAUAUGGUAUGAGUAUGUCUCAGCUUCUUGGGGAUUCACAGAGAUGGAUGUCGACUGGAAGCGGCUCCUACGACAAAGUUUGGAUACACAUGAAGAUGCAAAAGAAUUCUGGGACGAUCUGUAUCAUUUGAGCCAAUAUCCAGAUCUUAAUGAGAAGGGCCAGGAAGUGCUGGAAAGACUAACAUCGAACCAUUGA